AUGUCUACAGCAUCGGCACCAUCGCCUCAGACAUCACGAUUCAAAGGUCCUCGCAGACAUGUCCCUCGACUUGCGACAAUAAAACGUACUCCCGGUCAACCAGCGUUCAUUCGCCCACCAAGUCUCAAUGCACCUACACCAUCUCGAUCGCGAGUCUCACUGACUUGUCCAAAUAAUGCUUGUCCAGACCCUAAUAUCAUCGAGGAUGACGGACGAUCAGUCUGCGCUACUUGUGGUGUUGUUGCUCGAGAGUCUAACAUUGUCAGCGACCUGCAGUUCGGUGAGACAUCCAGCGGUGCCGCUGCCGUUCAGGGCUCCUAUGUUGGUGAGGGUCGUACCCAUGGCCAAAGCUCUGGUGGACCUCACCCUGGUUUGGCACAUGAUGGGCUCAGUUCUCGUGAGUUGACGACAUUGAACGCCAGACGGGAAAUCGACUCUCUGAUCAACAAUCUACGAAUACCCGCAAACCUGGCCGACCCCGCAGUGAACAUCUUCAAGCUAAGCCUGGCUCAUGCGAUCUAUGACAGUGAUGGAAACAGAGAGAAGGAUAGGAAGAACUUUGUGCAAGGACGCAGUAUCCGUACCGUUGCUGCCGUUGCUCUCUACAUUGCAUGUCGUCGGCAAAAGAACACUAACACAAUCAUGCUGAUUGACCUUGCGGAGACAAUGACACCACAAGUUAGCGUCUUCAAAAUGGGCAAUAUCUACAAUCGUUUGGUCCGUGCUAUCUGGGGCAACGCAGAUGGAAGUGUUUCAAGCUCUGGCUAUGUGGAUCCUAUCAAUCCAGAAAACUUGAUCCGACGCUUUGCGAGGGACCUAGAAUUUGGAUCUCUCGUUGGAAAGGUUACUGAAGAUGCUAUCCGACUGGUGCAACGAAUGGACAGAGAUUGGAUGACCACCGGAAGACGGCCGGCUGGCAUCUGUGGAGCAGCGCUGAUUCUAGCCGCACGAAUGAAUAACUUCAGACGGACGGUACGAGAAGUCGUUCUUGUUGUCAAGGUGUGUGAAGUCACUGUGAACAACAGACUAGAGGAGUUCCAACAUACCGCCACCAGCAAGUUGACGGUCCAGCAAAUGAGGCAAGGUGAUCACACUGCUCCUUCAGAUCCUCCGGCAUUCCAGAGGGCGAACGGUGAAGGAAAGCGGCCAAAGAAAACAGGACGAAAGAGGAAGAAUCAAGCUCCAGAAACUGCGGCUGAGAUUGAGAAUAGCGAAGAAGAGAAUGAAGAGCGCCCAAGGAAGAAGGGACGAGUUGAUAAGGACGGUUUUGCUAUUCCAGACAUACCCAUCGAUCCAUCCCUUCGUGAUGCAGCUUCUCAAGAGCCACCAUCCGACGAAGCGGUGGCUGCUGCAUUGACAGCUGCGGUCAAUAGUGCCGCAGCACAAGUGGAAGAAGCUCAGGGAAGUGGUUCAAAUCAAAGCUCGACUACGGCGCAAACCUCAGCACAACAGCCUGAUAGACCACGACGACCUGGCAGGCCAAAGGGAUCCAAGAACAGGCACGCCCCAGACGAGACAGAUGCCGAAGUGGCCCUUGAAGCUGAGAUCGAACAUGACAUCCUUGACACCAUGAACAGUGAAGCUAUGCAACGUGCCACACCUUCCGUCACGCCUGCACCAUCGGCCAGAUCAACACCUGUUCCCGAGCCAUCUUCGAAUGCCGCGCCUGACAAAUUCAACCAACCACCCGCUUCGUCCUCACAGCAAACAGCCAGCGUAGAUACCUCCAACCAACCACCCGGUCCGAAUUCGAACGCUCUAAUCAUCACGCAACAAGAAGCCACCCACUCCAAAUCCACAGAGGUCCGAAUGGACCCGGAAAUCCUCUCCGACGAAUUCGACUCCGACCCCGAAAUCGCCAACGUGAUCCUCUCGGAACCAGAAGUCCGAAUCAAAGAGUGCAUCUGGGUUGAAGAAAACAAGCAAUGGCUGCGCGACGAGCACGCGAAGCGCAUCAAAAAACAACUACAAGAUGCUGCUGAUAUCGCUGCGGGAAUCGAGCCCGGUUCGUCGACGGCGAAUGGUCAGAAGAAGAAGAGGCGGAGGGGCAGAAGGUUGGGGGAUGUAAGUUACCUGAAGAAUAACGAUGCUGAUGGGAGGGCGGGGAGCGAGAGUACAGCGGGAGGUGGGGGGGAGGAGCAAGAUGAAUCAGCCAGAGCGAGGAGGGCGGCUAGCAUUGCUAUGAAGGGCAUGCUGGAGCAGAGGGGUUAUUCCAGACGGCUAAAUUACGAGGCCCUGAGUAAGAUGUUUCCCGAUGAUAUGGCGGGGGUGAGGGAGGCGAGUAUGGAGAGUCGGAGGACGGCGGGGAAGAGGAAGCCUACCAGAAGUGCCUCGUCGCGAGAGAGUAGUGUGGUUGGGAGUAGUGACCCUACUACUGCGUCACCAGUCCGGCCAUCAGCAGCUUCAGUGACAUCUUCAGCCUCCCCGCCCAGCAGACCAGCUUCAGCUGUCUCCUCGAAUACCAAUACCAACACCAACCGUCCCGCAGCACAGCUCCCAACCCCAUCGACCUCGCAGGCUACGCAACAUCAACAGCAACAAAGCCAAGCUCCUCCACCAUCCUCUGCCGAAUCCGCACCGUCCCAACCCGCCGUACCAGCACCAGCACCAGCAUCAACGCCACUAGAAGGCGAAGAAGAGCUGAUUGGCGUCCUAUCUGAAAACGACGAGGACAGCCCACUCAGCUCCCUCCAACCAAGCGGCACAUACAACUCGCCUCUGAUCGGAACAGCGAUGGGCGGUGGCUUUGGAGGUGCUGGUCAAGACGGGGAUGACGAUGAGGAUGAAGAGGAGAGUGAAGGCGAUCCAGAGGAUUAUGUUCAAGAUGACGAUGACGAUGGUGGUGAUGGUGAUGAAGUUGAAGAUGCGUUAAGUGGGCGGUUCGGCGGUGGGUUCGGCGGUGAGGAUGAAGACGGGGAGUGA